UUUCCAUAAUCUGGUCUGGCGCCUCAGAAUCCCAGAAACUAUCAGCAAAACGACGAAACUACUUCCAACCCAGUUUUUCAAAUUCAUGUGCAAAAUCCCACCACGAAGUGCCGUUUGCAAUUUGUGCAGUGUUUCAUGCACUGAACACGUUAUGGUCAUUCCUCAGCAUGGAAUGUAUAAAUUUGCCAUCUUUGAUACUACUUUGCUGUGGAUUCUGCUGCUUGAGGCUCUGCAACAAAAAGGGGGUUUCAAGCUUAUGUUUAAUUCCUCAAUCAAUAGCUUCAUUGAUCCUCUGAGUGUUACGCGAUUAUGGAUUUGGAGGAUAGAUUAAGUUCAACAGACCCACAAGGUUUGGCUAACAAAGCAACUGCAGAACCUGAUGAAGUUGUUUCACAAAAGAAAGAACUACCAUUACGUUUGUUUUUUGGGAAUGGUCCAAGAGUCCACAAGAAACUAUGCAUGGCAUGGGGUUUGGCUAACAGACGCUGUGAGCAAUGUGGUAAAGUUGGACAGCUAGUUUGCUUUUCCUCAAACUUCCGAAAAUGGGCCUUAAGGAGAGUAACCGUUGAAGAGCUCAAUCAAACUUGCAAUAUAUGUAAUGAACGUGGACACCUCGAUAUGGAAUGCGAUCUCUCUUUCACAACUCAAAAACCGGCUGAAGUUCCUGUUCCCAAAAGGAGGUUAGUGCACUGUGGAUUGUGUGGUAAAGUUGGGCAUAACCGAAGGACAUGUAUGCAAGCAGGACGUGAUUGAAUGUUUAUGGCUACAAUAUGUUAUGAAGAAUAUCAGUACCUUUUCCUAUCAUUUCCCAACAUUCUCUUUUAAACUUUUUCAUCAUAAACAAACUGAUUAUGAAGAGAGAUUUGGUUAUUCCUAAUUUUUCUGCAUUCGGGCAUGGCUUAUUUGUAUGGAUAAGCUCUGUCGCAAUAUUAGACAAUGUUUAGCUCUCUUAACUCUAUCACAAAUAUUGAUCAUGAA